UGACACCAUGUCGCGAAGUACCAACGAUCCCAGGGGCCUAGAUCAUCGUUUCAUUGGCGACCUUAAUCCAGAGAGCGCGUUUCUUGCCGCAAAAAGCCCGCCUGAUGAUAGCAAUGUAGGGUUCUGGAUAAGGGAUUUGCACACAGGCGCAACAGAGAAGUACUACUCAAAGGUUUCUAUGCGCCAGCCAAGAUCAGCUGCAUUUCGCAACUUGGAUCCCAUGCUUCAUCAAGUUGUGCUCCCCUACCUGGAAGGUUGGUGUCUAUCCAUGUUACCAACCCAAGAAGAUUGCGAGGCUCUAUAUGCAAUCUACCUCGAGAGAAUACACCCAAUCCUCCCAGUGCUGGACAAGGAAGGCUACGAUGGCAUGGAUCCUUCUGAUCCCGCUGCUAUUGUUUUGAGGCAAGCAAAAUUCCGCCGAAAACCACAUGAGUCUUCCAAACAGCUGCGACAGGCAAAGCCACGAGCAUUUCGGGAAGUGUCUGUCGUCAGCUAUGAGAAUGUCUCUUGA